AUGCCGGCGGGGUAUAAAACUUUAAAGGUUGAGACUGUUGGCGAGACCAAAUGGCUGAAGCUCGAAAGCCUGACGUAUGUGGACAAGGACGGGAAAGAGCGUGUCUGGGAUCGGGUGGUGCGCUCUACUCCGAAAACAACGGAAGGAGUUGAUGCUUCCAUGAUAGUUGCGACAUUGCGUAAAGACCACGCUGAGUACCUCGUGACGGUGGUCCAAUACCGCCCGGCCAUCGAAGCCUUCUGUCUCGAGUUCCCGGCUGGUUUGGUCAAUGCAGACGAGGACAUCGCUGAUUGCGCCCGUCGCGAAUUCCAAGAAGAAACUGGCUACUCCGCAGGCCCGGACGAACUUGUGUCAGAGACCCUCUGCCUUUCACCAGGUAUGAGUACAGAGUCAGUACAAAUGGUUCAACUCAAAGUACCCGAUAAUCACCCGCCUCCAGUGCAAGCCCUUGACGACGGAGAAGACAUCGAAGUCGUCUUGCUCCCCAUGGCAGACCUUCUGCCAAGCAUCCAGCACUACUGCAAGACACACAACGUCGUCUGCUUUCACGGCCUCUACGCUUUUGCUCUUGGCCUGAGCCUACGUACUGACUAG